GCUCAAAUUCUUCCUCAUUUCUCCAUUUCCUCCCUUUCCCAUGUCUGACAUUGGCACCAAGAGUAUGGGAAGCGCUGCCAGGUCAGUAGGGGGUGUCUGUGGGUCUUGGGGGACUGUCAGUGUGACACAAGCCACAAAGUCAAGGUCUCAGAACCCUCCCCGACACUGCAGGGCAGGGUGUGGGUUUGGCCGGCACGGUGGGGAGCAGCUCAGCACCAGAUUUCCCUCCUGUCCACCGCCUGUGGUGGAGACUGGCCGGAAUGCGUUCUCCCAGUGAACAGAUGUCUUGCUCAGGGGGUUUUGAGCCGGGACAAACUCAGCAGAGCCCAAAGAAGCAAGCAGGAGAAGCUGUCCUGAGGCUCAGCCCCUGCUCAGGUGUGAGUGAGGAACCUGCAGAAUGGGAAGAAUUCAGAGGGGACAUAUUUCAGCCCUGAUGCCAUGUGCUGCUUUCCCUCCCCCCUGCUCCGUCCCCACCCCACCGAUCGGCCUCUUUAACAUGACAAAGAGCCCGGAGGAGCGGGCCACGGUGAAUAUUGCGGUGCCGGGCAGGGGAUGGCCGGCUAUAAAGGCCCGUCUGCGCCCCGGGGCUGCCUCAGCUCGGCGGUGAGGAGCUGUCCCCCGGGUGAAGGUGACAUCUGCCGUGGGGCGGGCGGUCCGCAGCCAUGUGCGCGCAGCUGGCGCUGCCGCCGUGCCCCGCGUACCCCGGCGGUGCCAUGGGCUACCUGGAGCUCUGCUGGAACGCGGCGGGACAGGCGGGACAGGCCCCCACAGCGGCGGGGCCCGCGGGGAGCGCCGCGGCCCGCCACUCUCCGGAGGCGGCGGGCAGGAGGCACACCGCAGAAGUAUCCCCAGCUUCAUCCAGUUCUGGGAAUUUCAACCAAUUCACACCAGAUUCAGCCACCAGUCCGCAUUCGUCAUCCUCAUCCCCACAGCCUACAGCUAAGUCUCAGAAGGGCAGAGAAUAUGGCAUGGAGGGGAUGAGGAAGACCAAGAGCCGUACAGCUUUCUCCAAGGAGCAGCUGCAAACCCUGCACCAGCGCUUCCAGAGCCAGAAGUACCUCAGCCCCCAGCAGAUCCGGGAGCUGGCUGUUGCCCUGGGGCUCACAUACAAGCAGGUGAAGACUUGGUUCCAGAACCGGAGAAUGAAGCUGAAAAGGUGCCAGAAGCACAGCCUGUGGAGCGAACGGGCUCAGUGCCUCACACAGAGUGGCUACCAGACCAGUACUUACCUGGAUGUGCACCCCAAAUUCCACCAGGGCUACCCCAUCACUGCAGCUGGCAACAUCCAAACCAUGCCUACCCCCUGUCAGCACUAUGGAGCAGGGCAGAACGCUUACACAAUCGUGACCAGCGAGGAUGGAGGAGUCUUUGGCAAAGGCGGGGGCACCUGCAGUGUCCAGCAGACGGUGGGCUUCAUUGCCCAGCACAAAGUAGACUUUUACCACAGCUAUCCUGGCAGUGUGGAAUAUCCAGGCUCAAAGACUGGUGAUGGCUGUAAUUUUCACCACUCAGCCACUAUGGGGGCUCCUUUCCCAACCACUGCCAGCCAUCAUCUUUAUCAUUCCUAAGCACUGUGGAUGUGGGGUACUUGGGCAGCCAGGAAUCAAAUCUUAUUCUCAUCUCUCCCUCUGUUAUUUGUGUGCUGUCCACCUCAGGGACACCUUGUAGCUAGAACCAGUUUUGGCAUCCAGAUGUGUGCCUGCAGACAUGCAGCCAUGCAGAUACCCGCUUGCCCAGGUACACGUGCACAGAGCCCUUCAUUUCUGUGCCUGUACACGUGUGCACACACACAUUCCUUCCUUGGUUGUCACAGACCAACCAAGCUCCCUUACAGCAAAGCCUGGGAUCUGGCUACCCAGCUUAUGCCCUGGAUCUUCUUAAUUAUGGAUCUUGAAACUUGGCUAAGGGGAAGCACAGAUUCCUUUGGGGAUCUCAUUUCUACGUAUCACUGUACACUUGUGUGUACACAACAGGUGAAGCCAGGGGCUGUAUGGAAAGGUUCUGGCCUUGUACCUUUCACUGAAGUUGGAGAAGUUACUGCCACCUGCCAGUAACCCAUCUGAAGUGUAAAUCAUCAAUGUAUCAGCCAUGAGGUGAAGUGAUGAAGUGCCUAAUGAAGGGAAAUGUGACAAGUAGCUUGCAGAAAGGCUGGUAAGAUGAUCUUAUAAGCCCUUCCUUCUAGUCUGUAUCUUGCUGUGCCUCCCCUUGAGAAAAUCUAACUGCAUUCAAUUUGGCAAAUAAAAAAGAGUAUUUUUUAAGAUGCGUUAUGUAUUUUUAUAUAUAUCUUUUUUUCCCUUGCAAUAGAGCACUGCAAUAUAAAAAACAGGUGGAACAUAAAUAGUCGCAGCAACUGUAUGCCAUUGUUACUUGAUGCUGAAACCAUAAACAGUAAUUUUUCUGUGUUAUUAGAUCACCUUCAUGGUUCUUGGCAAUGUCAGGUAUCUCGAGUCAAAGAAACAGGUAACUAUCACCCACCUUAAGAAUUUUCCCUAUCCAGCAAUAUUGAAUAUGGGGACUGCCAUGGGGGUACUAUAAUUUCUAAACUUGAUUAUGUAAGUGUCUAAGUACCUAAACCAGAUGUGUGUAGUAAAGCAUAUGUAAUAACAGGCCUCCAGUUCCCAGAGUCACAGGUUUUCUAUCACUUUUUCUAUCACUCUUUGAUGAUGACAAUGAAUUUCUCU